AUGUCAAACGUCUCCGGAGCUGCAUCCCAUAAGAAGAAAAAUGGAAUGCUUACAGUCUUGGAGGAUCAGGAGCCUUCGAUCCUUCAAUGGUCCGCCAUUGAUCCCUCUGUGGCAGUUCCUUUGGUGAAAAUUCGCUUAGAUUUUAUCACAAGUUUGAGAGCUACCAAUCCCAAUUCUAACCAAAUGAUGAUCAAAGUACUAUACAAGGACUCUUCUGGCGCAGAUGAAAAGACUGCAUUGUUUUCAUUUACAAACAGAAGUGUUAUGGACAACAUACAGCGUACGCUUCAGCAGGUAGUGGCAAGGAAGAAGGCAUCGUCUUCCACUCCAGGCGCCACUACAACUAAGGACACUGAUGCAGCCUCAUCCGCUGCAACCCCAAGUAGUCAGGUUAACUCUACCGAUAAGGAGGACCUGUCUACGUUUCUUGAUUCGGACAAGUUACUGAAAGAUCACAAGCUACAACAGAAAUUACUCGUUGACAACAAGACGCUAAUGAUUACGUUCAAAGAAGCUGUGAUGUCUAAUGGAUUAGACCCAGAGGAGUUUUGGAAGACUCGAUUGCAUCUUCUAAGAUCAUAUGCCGUUCAACAAGCUCAAAAAAGGGGACCCUAUAAUGUUCUUAGUACCAUCAAACCUGUGGCAAGUAGUGACAAUAAAGUGAAUGUUACGGUAACAAGAGAGAAAAUCCAGUCAAUUUUUGAACAGUACCCUAUAGUGAGGAAAGCCUAUGAUGAAAAUGUCCCCCGAUUAAACGAAGGUGAGUUUUGGUCCAGAUUUUUUUCGUCCCGCCUAUUUCGACAAUUGAGAGGUGAACCUACCAGCAGCUAUGAUAGGGCUGAUGUAGUUCUGGACAAAUAUCUGUACAUGGACCCUAAUGCCGACGAGCACACAACUAAAGAAAGCAUAGAACACAUUAAUCCUCUGAUUGAUGUUCAAUCUAAUGAACAGGAUAAUUCAGUCAAGCUUGGAAAUGCUCCAGAUGUGACAAUGAAAGUAAACAAUGAUAACAGAAUCUCUGGUAUAAUGAAAAACAUGAACCGUCUUUCUCGCAGGAUGUUAGCCAAUAUUAAAGACGAGAAUCAAGAUAAAACUCCGGAGGUUGAGCAAUUAGAGGAACAACUCGACCUUAGAGACCUAGAAGAUGAUGUGGAGCUGGAAUAUAAUGAACUGAAACUCCAGAAUUCAAAAUUGGUACAGAACAAAGCCAACCGUAUUGAUGAUCGUAUUUCAGGCGAUUAUACCGAAAGUAUAAAGACGUCACAACGUCAAUUUCAUGAACCAUUUAACUUGACAGAUAUCUAUAACCCUACUACACAACGACAAGCAAUAUUUGAUGUUGCCAAAGAAAUAUCUCAAAUAGUAAAGCAAAACACCAAACAAUAUUCCCAAGGCUGGCAAGCAGCUAACUUGAACUUUCAAGAUUCAAAAACUUCCACAAUAAAUGAUGUUGGCCCAGAAAGCUUGAACAUUUCAACAGAUGAGUUGGAGGAGUUAAGACUUACACAUAUGACCUCCAUCGAGUUUCUAAGACAUUUUUGGUCGCAUUUGGGAAGCGGUAGCAAAGACAAGCAGGAUCUGCUGACCCUUAAAAAACUUCAUGCUUCAGUAUCAAAGUGUAUAUCUCGAGUUGAAGCAGUGGUAGACAAAUUUCAAGAUUCAAAUUCUAAGCAGACAGUUCAUGCAAUCAUGCAGCCAUUGGUAAUUAGCUUGAAUAAAGCGUUAGCGGAGUAUCAAAAAGCAAGUUCGGCAAUGCUAGAAUACCAAGAGAGAGUGCAUAAAUCAAGGACUCAAACGCCCGUUUAG